GAAUGGGGGGGAGAAGAACCCAGAGUAGUUACCAAGGACAGGAGCUAACACUGUGGAGGGCGAAGAAGGAGCAGGCAGUGGCGCAGAAAAAGCCCCGCCUGCCAAUCACGCCAGCCGUCCUGGAAAAGUUGCGAGUGGCAUGGAACCGGGUGAACCACACUUCCGUAUCUGGAGCCGUUCAGUGAACAUAUCAGCACUUCAAAUGGUUCCGAGCAACAAUGCAACAAGCCCAUCCACUGAUUUAUGAAAUUGGAGCAAGCAACGUGUGGUAUUGGUUUGGUGAUAAUGCAGUAUAAUAUCUGUGUUGGAAGACUGCCACAAUCAAACCUAAAUUAUGUAUGUGUAAUACUAUCCUUGUUAUGCAACACUAUAUAUAUACUUUGUACUAUUAUGAACAUUUUAAGGGAAA